AUAUAUUAUUUCUAUUCAAUAUGGAAGACAAUACGGCAGAGUUCCUUUCGACGGAGGCUACUUUUCGUGAUGAGCCUAUGGUGGAGGACCUUUCAGACUUGUCGUCGAAGACUCUGGCUAUUGUGGAAUCUAUGCUAAAGGGCACCCAAAACCGUGACAUUGAGUUUCUUAAGACAGUUUUGCUUGAGCUCAUGCUUGUUGAGAAGCGUUGCCGCAUAGCUCGUGACGGUGUAUCCAAUUCGCGUAUGUGCAACUUCAUUCUACAGUUACUGUAUGACAUUGGUGAUUACCCCAAUGUGAUAUACUAUCUGGUCCUCCUUUCUCGUAAGCGUGGCCAGUUGAAGGCUACUAUCACAUCUAUGGUGAAUUACGCUAAGAAGUGGAUAUCUGAGAUCUUUGACAUGGAAGUAAAGAUGAAUUUGAUCAACACGUUGAUCCACAUAACUCAGGGCAAGAUGUUCCUCGAGGUUCAACGUGCUGAUCUGGCCUAUACCCUAGCUAAGAUCAAGGAGGAGAGUGGCCAGAUUGAGGAGGCAGCAAAUAUAAUGCACAACACAGAGGUGGAAACAUUUGGCAUAUUGCCUAAGAAGGAGAAGGUGCGUUACUUACUGGAGCAGAUGCGUCUUCAUUUACUUAAUAACGACUACCUUCGUUUUUACAUUGCUAGUAACAAGAUAGACGACCGCGUUCUUGAUAAUGACGGCUUCGAGGAGCACAAGAUGACUUAUUAUGAGUACAUGGUUCACUAUCAUCUCCAUUCUAAGGAUUACUUCGAGGUGGCCAAAGCAUAUCGUCAGCGUUUGGAUUGUACCAUUAAGCUGGAUCUUAACGACUGGCUUUCGGACCUUGAGUCUGUUGUUAUAUUCCUCAUGAUUUCUGCGAUAUCUGAGGAAACUAUCAAGUACCGCAUGGACUUUUUGGCAUCGGAGGAGAAGCGUUUAAGGGAAACUCCGGUACUAUCAUCGCUAUUCAAGGAGUUGUUAUCUGACAAUAUGAUUCCAUUCCCACUUGCUGCUGACCUGGCCACUGUAAUAAACUCCCAUGUUAUAUUUACGGACCAGCGGUACCCUGGAGGUGCUGAGCGUCUAUCGACGCUUGCUGAUCGUGUGAUUCAGCAUAACAUUAUGGUAGCCAGCAAGUUUUACACUACUCUUCAGGUAACUCGUCUUUCGGAGCUUACAAACACGACUUGCGACAAACUGGAGGAGGAGAUAUCGGCCAUGGUCCAUGCCAAGACGAUUUAUGCUAAAAUAGACCGUCCUGCUGGAUUGAUUCGUUUUGGUGAGCGCAAGGACUCGGAUACGUUAUUACUUUCAUGGUCGACUGAUAUCGCAAAUCUCAUGGGUCUUGUUGACCAAUGUUCGCGUUUGGUUCAGAAGGAGAAGAUGAUCCACGAGGCCCGUCUUAAGCAGGUUGAGCUUGAGAAAAACUUAACUGAGGGGUGAACUAUGUUAACAUA